UUUGUACAUAUUUUUCUUAAUAUUUACCUGUUUUCUGAUAUAUUCUUUAUUUAUUUUUAUUGUUCUGUUGAAUAUAAUUAAAGUUUGAAAAUGCCUUGCGGUUGUUGCGGGAAUGGCUUUGUAUUCGGGCAUCUUAUGUACAUAUUGGAGAAGAUAGCAGCAUUUUGUGCUAUGUCUGCUAUUAUAUCAUGCAUCGUGGUCACUGUAUUGGUCAGUAUAGGUCUGGGAGUGGGUAUUGGCUAUAAUUAUUGUUUUGUCGAUAUGAAGCACACGAGGCUUGAUGCGGUCAACAAAUACCAAAAAACCGAGGGUCGCCCAGGUGCUAUUGCUUUGUCUGGGGAUGAAAAAACGACUGAAACUACUCUUAAUACUGAUACCCUUAUAACCCAUCCUCCUUCUACUACCACAACAACUACAGAGCUUUCAACGACAGAAAUGAGCAUGGAAUCCUCAAGUAAUGGACUAACUCCUAGUACAGAACUAACUUCUAAUGCUUUGAAUGGAAGUGCUACACGCAGUGGCAAUAAAUUUUUAGACGACACAGACCAAAAAGUACUUUCAAAUACAGUUGGUAGUGAUUUGGCGGAAUUAUCAGAUGAUCAAGAGAUCCCCUCCUUUCCUAACAUCCCUAGUUUAAAUAUUAUCCCAGAGUUAGUUUCUGACAUACCCCAUUCACCCAAUUUCCCUGGAUCUCUUCGUAGAAUCCCAGUCAUUCACAGUAGAGUCAAGCCAGUGGAAUCUGGACAACGUCAGGUUGGCAAAACAAAACGUCCGAAAUCCAAAUUAUUUGAAGAUGAAAGAAAUGAGGACUUUGAUAAAAUAAGAGAAGGGAUAAAAGCCAAUGCAGAAGACAUGGAUAAAGAUCUUCGUGGAAUGAAACAUGGGAAAAAAACAGCUUUUGAAAAAGAGCACAACGAUGAAGCGGAAUAUGAUGAAGUAUACAAAGAAGUGAAGUAUAGUACUACUCCAAAACUGAAGAUACUAUACAGGAAAAAACAUAAAAAACUUACAGAAACCACAAAAUGGAUGCCCACGAUUGUAGUACCGUUGAAGAAACAUGCAAACAUGUCUCCAUUGAUAUCCAAGAUUUUAGCACAAAACAAAAACGUUACUUUGCAGUUCAUAACAGUUUGA